CAACAUAAAUACUGCCCCGACCUCGCCUCCCUUUCCUCCUCGCUCUUUCUCUCGCACAACUUAUCACAGCCAACUCGAUCAAAUCAAGCCAUCACUUGGCACAGGGCUGGAACUGAGAAAGAGUGAGAGCACCAGCGGAGAUGUCGGUGAAGGACUGCGGCGGGCACAAGGGGUGCGAGUGCGAGCGCGACCGCCUCUACCGCAAGUGCUGCGCCGCGCUCGCCGCGCUGGUCCUGCUCGUUCUCUUCGUCGUGCUCAUCGUCUGGCUCGUGCUCCGCCCGCACAAGCCCAAGUUCUACCUCCAGGACCUCUCCGUGCUCUGCCUCAACGUCACGCCGCCGGCGUCCACCUACCUCUUCACCACCAUGCAGGCCACCGUCGCCGGCCAGAACGUCAAUGACCGCGUCGGCGUCUACUACGACAAGGUGGACGUGUACGCGCAGUACAAGGACGUAGCCAUAACCAUCCCCACGCGGCUGCCCGUUGAGUACCAGGACCACAGGGACCAGUCCGUCUGGUCCCCCUUUCUGCAGUCCAUGGACAGCGUCCAGCUCCCGCCCGUCCUCGCCGUCGCGCUCGCCCAGGACGAGACCGCCGGCUACGUGCUCAUCGACAUCCGCGUCGACGGGUCGAUCCGGUGGAAGGUCGGCACGUGGAUCUCCGGCCACUACCACCUCCGCGUCAACUGCCCCGCGCUGCUCACCGUCAACGAAGGCAAGGGGAGCUACGGCGUCAACACCGGCGGCGGGAACGGAUACUUCCGCUUCCAGCAGGCCGCCGCGUGCUCUGUCGACGUCUAGUUCUUCUUUCCUUGCUUCUUUUUUCGUGUUAAUUGAUCGAUCUGUUGUUCCUUUGAACAAAUUAAUGCAUAAAUAUAAUGGAUGGAUAUUGGAGCUU